AUGGCUGACCUGUGUGACCAAGAGAAUAGAGCAGAAGUGAAGCGGCUGCUGCAGCAGACUAGUGGGGCUGAUUGGCUUAACGACACCCACUGGGUCCAUCACACCAUCACCAACCUGAGCACUCCAAAACGCAAGCGGCGGCCCCAGGAUGGGCCCCGCGAGCACCAGACAGGCUCGGCCCGCAGCGAAGGCUACUACCCCAUCAGCAAGAAGGAGAAGGAUAGGUACCUGGACGUGUGCCCCGUCUCGGCCCGGCAGCUGGAAGGAGCGGACACUCAGGGGACUAACCGUGUGCUUUCGGAGCGCCGUUCUGAGCAGCGGCGGCUCCUGAGUGCCAUUGGCACCUCUGCCAUCGUGGACAGCGACCUGCUGAAGUUAAACCAGCUCAAGUUCCGGAAGAAGAAGCUCCGAUUCGGCCGGAGCCGGAUCCAUGAGUGGGGGCUCUUUGCCAUGGAACCCAUCGCAGCUGACGAGAUGGUCAUCGAAUACGUGGGUCAGAACAUCCGCCAGAUGGUGGCCGACAUGCGGGAGAAGCGCUACGUGCAAGAGGGCAUUGGCAGCAGCUACCUGUUCCGGGUGGACCACGACACCAUCAUCGAUGCCACCAAGUGUGGCAACCUGGCGAGGUUCAUCAACCACUGCUGCACGCCCAACUGCUAUGCCAAGGUGAUCACCAUCGAGUCCCAGAAGAAGAUCGUGAUCUACUCCAAGCAGCCCAUCGGCGUGGAUGAGGAGAUCACCUAUGACUACAAGUUCCCUCUGGAGGACAACAAGAUCCCUUGUCUGUGCGGCACCGAGAGCUGCCGCGGCUCCCUCAACUGAGGUGGGGCAGGACUGGUGCCCUCACCCCUAUUUAUUCCCCUUGGUGCCCUGAGUUCCCAGCCCACCCAGCCUUAGUGGGCUCAGCAGGGCCCACAUGCCCCAUCUCCAAAUGUGGGGUUGGGGGGCCCCGAGCCUAGUGAGGGAGCCUCAGUCCCUUGAGGCAACUUGCGCUUCCCUUCUUGCCCCUGCCCACCCAGCCCGAUUUUUUUUCUUUGCGGAGAAGAAGCUGUAAAUGUUUUGUAGCUGCCAGCAGCUGUUUCCUGUGGAAACCUGGGGUGCCGGCCUGUACAGAUCCUGUUCUUUGUGGGGCUGCAUAGCCCCCUUGCUUUGUGUUAAUGGGGACUUCCCCUCUGUGCCCUGCGUGCACCCCUCCCCAGUUUAGGGGUCUCUAGGGGCAGUGGCCAUGUUCUCCCCCUGGAGGGGGCCCUGCGCCCCCUGUCCUGGGGACUCUGUGCCUGGAACCCUGCCUCGUCUUCUGUUCCUGCCAGACCCUGUGGGUCACCCUCCCACCCUGGUGUCUGGAAGCUCCGGCUUUGCCGGGCCAGGAUGGUGGGGGGCGGGCCCUUCCUGUUGGGCUGGACUGUACAUAUGUUAAUAGCGCGAACCCAACGCCACAUUUUUAUAAUUGUGA